UUGGCAUUCGGUGUCAGCUCAGACAACAUGCCCCUGAUGCGGAUCUUCUGUUUUCGGUUAACGGUACGGCUAGGUUCCAUAAUCGUCGGUGGAUGCUGCAUGCUGGAAACGUUCAUCACCAUGAUAAUGCUGGCCGCGUGUGGCGGUGCCGAUUUUUUCAAAUCGGAAGCCCUUUACUACGAGGAAAAUCUGCACAUCUACAAUCCGCACGUUGUGUUCGUUUGGCUGAUUGGUGUUUGCAAAACGGAACCGGAACUAUUCUACGCAGCCAUCAUGUCCUGCAUGGGUUUGUAUUUGCCCUGCUGUGGUGCUAUGAUGGCUGGAGCAUACUUUAUGAAACGUUACCUGUUGGUACCGUAUAUUUUGGUGGAACUCCUACGGUUAGUGUGCAUCACACUGACGCACGUGAUUGGAAUGAUAGUGAUUAAAAAAUCGAUAAACGUCGGCUACCUGAUAGCGUUCACCAUUGCGGGUGGUUUUGCUUUACUGCUUCUAUUUUAUCUCUGGGCCUGUGUGGUAGCCCUCAUGCAAAUUCUGAAAAUCGUCCGUUCGCCCGAAUACAUAGCCGUGUUUGGAGACGAUCCGCUGGCACCGGUGGAACCACAAGCGACGGGCUCGAUGGACAUCUUUGCAAUCGAGCCAAAGUACCCGUGGAACGACAAAGGCACUGAACGAAUGUCACCGGCGGCACUCGCAUUGGCUCCGUACACCGGUACCAACAUGCUCAUUGACGAUUUCCGGCCAUUACAUAGUCGUUACCUGUACAACCGGGCCGUUUGA